GGACCUCACCAAGUGGCAUUUACCUGCUCCCCUCACACUCUGUCUUCUCCUAUUCCCCUGCCUGAUAUGUCUAUGGUUCACUGGAUGGCAGCUCUGACAGUGACCCUGAUGUUGCGGAGCCCUCCACUGGCUUGUGCCAGGGACAUCCCACCUGUUUUCAUGCAUCAGUUUAAGUGCGAGUGUCAAUUCUCCAACGGGACAGAGCGGGUGAGGUUCUUGGCCAGAUACAUCUACAACACGGAGGAGGAUGUGCACUUUGACAGCGACUUGGGGGAGUUCAGGGCCCUGACUGAGCUGGGGCGGCCAGAUGCUGAGUACUGGAACCAGCAGAAGGGCUUCUUGGAGCAGAUGCGGACCAAGGUGGACACGAUGUGCAGAUCCAACUACUUGGGUAUUGGCAGCCUCAUGAUGCAGCGGCGAGUCAAGCCCAGAGUGACGAUGUAUCCUGCAAAGACCCAGCCCCUGCAGCACCACAACCUCCUGGUCUGCUCUGUGACCGGGUUCUACCCAGGCCACGUGGAGGUCAGGUGGUUCCGGAACGGCCAGGAAGAGGCGGCGGGGGUGGUCUCCACAGGCCUGAUCCCUAAUGGAGACUGGACCUUCCAGACCAUGGUGAUGCUUGAAACGGUUCCUCAGAGUGGAGAGGUCUACACCUGCCGAGUGGAGCAGACGAGCCCCGUCACAGUGGAAUGGAGGGCAUGGUCUGAAUCUGCUCAGGGCAAAAUGCUGAGUGGAAUCGGGGGCUGUGUCCUGGGUCUGCUCUUCCUGGCCGUGGGGCUGUUCAUCUCCUGCCGGUGUCAGAAAGAACACUCUGGACUUCAGCCAACAGGUAAUGAAUUUUCUUUAACUAUCUUUUAGAAGCAUAUUCAGUUUCCCUAGAACUGGUGACAAGACAGAGAAUGAAAUGGAAAGACUCUGGAUUGACUUACAGUUUACACUAAAGGUUCUUCUCUCCACCCAACAGAAGGCCUGAAAUCUAAAGUGGCUUUGGCUCGGGGAAACGUCAGGAUGUUUCCUCCUUCUUACUGCAGUGCUAUAACAUGAGCCCUGAGAGACUGAGUGAAGGGGAUGGGGUGGGGGUGGGGGGAAGCUGCUUGUAAAGUUAAGCCUGGAAACAACCUUCUCCUCUGUCUCCUGCAGGACUCCUGAGCUGACGUGAAGGUGAUGAUAUUCAAGGAAGAGCCUUCUGUCCCGGCCUCUUCACAACCUGAAAGGGUUCUCUGCUUCCCUCUAAUUCUUCCAUAAUGAGAGUAUGUCUCAGAAUCUGGUCUGCUCAUGGUUCAGUGACCCUGCAGAAAAUAUUCUUCUGAUGACUUUCUCAGCCCCCAACCCUGACCUGGGAGUCCCCAACAUUGAUUGCGGUGCUUUAUCUUCCUGCUUUCCUGGUCCCCUUUGUGUUCAACCUUUACAGCCUUCCCUGCAUCCGAUCUCAUCCUCUGUCCAUAUUAUUUUAUAACCUUUUUUUCUCAAAUAAACACGAAGUGGCAACCACCUA